AAGCACAUCAGGGAAUGUCGAAAAUGAAGAGUCUAGCCCGCUGCUAUUUCUGGUGGCCUGGAUUAGACAAGGCAAUUGAAGAUCUAGUAAAGAAAUGUAAGGCAUGCCAAGAAAACAGUGCUCUCCCUCCUCAAACUCCUGUACACCCAUGGGAAGUUCCAAAGACUCCAUGGACACGACUUCAUAUAGACCAUGCUGGUCCUUUCCUGGGACACCACUUCCUCAUUCUGGUAGAUGCUCACUCUCGCUGGUUAGAAGUAUGCAUUGUACCUUCUACUUCCUCUGAAGCGACUAUCAAAGUCCUUCGUCACAUAUUCUCUACUCAUGGUCUUCCUCAUCAGUUGGUCUCUGAUAAUGGACCUUCAUUUACUAGUCAAGAAUUUAAGAAAUUCAUGUCUCUAAAUGGUAUUCGCCAUUCACUAACAGCUCCUUACCAUCCGAGGUCUAACGGUCUAGCAGAAAGAGCAGUGCAGACAUUUAAGAAUGCUAUUAAGAAGAUGGAAGGACCACUACAUGAAAGAAUUGCUCGAUUCCUUUUCUCUUACAGAAUCACUCCUCAAUCUACUACUGGGCAAUCCCCAGCUGAACUCUUAAUGGGACGUAGAUUAAGAUCAGUCUUAGAUACUGCUCACCCAGAUUUCACUCUACCUUCACAGAAAGAGAAGACUAAAAGCAAUGCAAGAUCAUUCAAGCUACAUGACAAGCUGUUUGCAAGGAACUACUCUGGGAAGCCAUUAUGGAUUCCUGUGGUUGUCUGUAAGGUCACUGGACCAUUGUCUUACCAUGUUGAAACUAUGAAUGGUUUAGUGCUUAAAAGACAUGCUGAUCAGCUCAGAAAAAGGUACACUGAAGACUCUGAGCCAGAUACCCUUCCGGAGGACAGUGAUUGGGAUGAUGAUUUCACUCCAUUGAUUCCUAACGUGCCUCCACCUCCUACUCCACCUCCUUUGCCCCCACCGAUUCGUCGAUCGACUCGUUCAAGGAUGACUACUGAUCAUGGGCCGUAUGUAUGUUAACUUAAGAGGGGAGGGGUGUUAUAUAUUGAUAUAUUAUUUUGGUAUUGAUUCCUAUUAUUAUUUUCUAAGGCAUUUUGAUUACAGUUAUUUCUAGU